GUUUCACUAUCCGGUAACACUAUACAGCUCUAUCCAGCUGUGCGGAUCAAAAAUUCUAAUCAGAAUAUCAGUAUUAUAAAGAAAAUAAUUCCCGAAAGUAAAGACCCGAGGAAACUCGCUUGAAUUAGGGCUAGUCUAAUUUAAAUCAAAGCAGGGUAGGGCUUACCCUCAGCGUCGAAAACAGGGAAAAUUGGCAGCAACAAUUCGGUAAAGAAAAAAGUUCUGACUUCAAAAGGAGAAAGAAAUGCAGCAAUGUUGAAGUCGAAGGUGUAACUAUCUGGAUACCAGCAAUAAAUCUUACUACAAACAGAUAUUUUAUCAAUUGCGAGUAACUGAAGCCAAAAACUUCGCAAAAAUGAAACUAAAACGCUGGCGGCACAAGCGUAAAUAGUUAUUUGCUCACAGAUAUCCGAAGGAGAAAGACCCUCUCAAGCAGCCAGAGGAGAAUAAUCUUAAUUCCUUUGGAAAAUCUUCGAAAAACAAGCAAAACAAAUCAUGCUAGGACGCACACAAAAACUGCUGUUGGGUAUAUCAAUUCUGAUUCUUGUGGAUGUGGUUUGGGUCUCCUCCAGCGAGUUGACAAAGUUUCUGUACAAUGAGGCCAACUUUGACAAGCCCUUCUUUUGCACAUACUUCAAAACCUCUAUGUUUAGCAUUUACCUGCUAGUCAUUGGCAUCCUGGCGCCAUGGAAAGAGUCCUGUGAUCGUCAAAAUGGAAACUAUGCUAUGAUGGAACAGAAUGCAGACGAUGAGAAUUAUUACUCCAAUCAAGCUGUUUUGGGAGACCCCACCUAUGUCCCCAUCAGAUCACCUCAUUUGGGUAGACAAGCUAACGGUACCUCAAACUCCCUGUCCGGGACCGAAAGCGAUGAUUCCAGUGUGAGGAGUGUUCGCUUCAGCAAAAUGGCCGAGGUCAGAGAGAUGUCUGCUCACGAAGCCACCGAUGCUUUGAUGGCCCGGCUAUCGUAUGCUGCCAGUUUGAGGAUUAGGAGGCAGAAGACCCACCAUAAGACGGCCAAGACUGCAUUGCUGUUUUGCCUUCUCUGGUUCGUGGCCAAUUACUUCUUCCAAUUAGCCCUCGAAAUGGAUGAGGCGGCCAUGAUAACGCUGGUCAGCUCGACGUCGUCGUUCUUCAUUAUUUGUCUAGCAGCCGUAUUUCCCUCGGCAGCAGGUGACAAGCUGACCAUCACCAAGGUGAUUGCGGUGGCCAUGAACAUUGGCGGGGUGGUAGCCAUUACCAUGAACGAUCUGCACGAUACCAAGAUGACGAGAGGUGUCCUUUUGGCCCUUUUCAGUGCUUUUUUCUAUGCAGCCUAUUUGGUUUUUGUAAAGCGAAAAAGUGAUACGGAGGAAAAAGUCGAUAUACCGCUGUUCUUUGGCUUUGUCGGUCUGUGGAAUCUCUUGCUACUGUGGCCAAUUUUCUUUAUUCUGCACUUCACCAAAAUCGAAACCUUCGAGCUGCCCAGUCAAGGGCAGUUUGCCCUACUGUUUCUGAACGGAUUAAUUGGCACGGUGCUGGCAGAAGCCCUUUGGCUGUGGGGCUGCUUUUUGACCUCUUCCUUAAUUGGUACACUGGCCAUGUCGCUACAGAUUCCAUUAGCCAUCAUGUUCGAUGUCCUGCUCAAGAACAAGCCGUAUUCGCCGAUGUUCUACAUGGGCUCGAUACCUAUAUUUGUGGCAUUGGUAUUCGUUUCGCUAUUGAUGCGAAACGAUGAUUCCGAUCCACUAAUGAAGCUGUUUAGAAUUGUAUAUAGAAAAGUCUGCCGGUGCCAUAAGCCAAGCAUUGUUAGGGUCAACGAUGACGAACAGCAGGAGUCGCUGAUAAGCAACAGCGAUUAAACGCACAUGAUGAUCUUGAAGGCUUGUUUUUUGUGAAAAUCGCGCCUCUACAAAACUUUGAAUGUUGCUCAUUGCAAUGCAAUCUAAUACUUGGCUGUUCACGAGUUCGUUUCGAAUCGUUCUUAAAUCUAUUGGGAGAAGUCCUGCACAAUUCCCACUCUGCGAUGUUUUAUGUUUCUCAUAUGUGCAUUUUCCGUUGGAUAUUACUUUGUUGCGAUCUUACGUACAACUAUUUAUUAUAAUCUUACAAGUGUAUUCUCUGUAAAUAGCUUUAGCUCCCACGAAUACAGUUUAUCUAUGUGAUAGUCUACAACUUUUUGCUGAAGUCCACCUAUAAUUUAUUAAUUUUCUCGGUAUUCACACUGCGCUUAGCCUAUAAUUGUUGACUUCUCAAUACAAGAUGAAUAUAAGAAAACAUAUACACAUAUUGAUAACUAAUAACGAUAAUAAAAACUUGUCUACCGUAA